AUGCCGUUCAAGAAGAUGUCGUGGUUCUUUGAUCGUAUGCAUGAAGAGGCUCACAAAAUCAAGGAAAAAAUCAAGGAGAAGAGUCGCAAACGUAAGGCGCCGACUGCCGAAGAAGCCAUUGGAAACUUGAAAGAUGCUGAAGAACUUUUGAUCAAGAAACAAGAAUAUUUCGAACUUCGCAUCGAACAAGAGAUCGAGGCAGCCAAGAAGCAUAUGAAAACGAAUAAGAAGCUGGCGUUGGCUGCAUUGAGAAGAAAGAAGAAUCAUGAACAAGAGUUGAGCCGUAUUGAUGGAGUGCUCACAAAGCUUGAAGCCCAACGGUCUGCUCUGGAAAACGUUGGAAUGCAUAAUGAAGUUAUUGAUGUUCUUGGAAAGACAAACGAAACUUUGAAGAAGGAGCACGCAAAGAUGGAUAUUGACAAGGUGCAUGAUUUGAUGGACGAAAUCGCCGAUGGCUUGGCUAUUUCCGGAGAAUUCAACGACGCGAUAUCCGCACCGAUUGGAGACGUGGCAGAUGAAGAUGAGCUAUUGCAAGAGUUGCAGGAAUUGCAGGACAAUGUCGCUGACCUCACCCCAUCAAAACUCCCUGAUGUUCCAACUGUACUCCCGGAAGUACCGGCAGCAGCACCAGCCGGACGUCGUGGAAAGUUCCGCAAGAUGAGUACAAUGGAAGAAUUGGAGCAGUGGGCCGCAUCGAACUAA